UCAGGUAGGAAAGGAGGUGUGUGUCCAGCUUGGGCUCCAGUUUUCUGCCCGCCUCCUUUUACGUUAUUGCGGAGCGACGGCGCCGGACAGUCAACGUCAUCUAGGAGCACCGAGCAGCUUGGCUAAAAGUAAGGGUGUCGUGCUGAUGGCCCUGUGGGCACUGACCCGCGCUCUGCGCUCUCUGAACCUGGGGCCCCCGACCGUCGCCGCCCCUGCCCCGAGUCUGUUCCCCGCCGCCCAGAUGAUGAACAAUGGCCUCCUCCAACAGCCCUCUGCCUUGAUGUUGCUCCCUUGCCGCCCAAUUCUUACUUCUGUGGCCCUUAAUGCCAACUUUGUGUCCUGGAAGAGUCGUACCAAGUACACCAUUACACCAGUGAAGAUGAGGAAGUCUGGGGGCCGAGACCACACAGGCCAAAUCCGGGUGCAUGGUAUUGGCGGGGGCCACAAGCAACGUUAUCGAAUGAUUGACUUUCUGCGUUUCCGGCCUGAGGAGACCAAGUCAGGACCCUUUGAGGAGAAAGUUAUCCAAGUCCGCUAUGAUCCCUGUAGGUCAGCAGACAUAGCUCUGGUUGCUGGGGGCAGCCGGAAACGCUGGAUCAUCGCCACAGAAAACAUGCAGGCUGGAGAUACAAUCUUGAACUCUAACCACAUAGGCCGAAUGGCAGUUGCUGCUCGGGAAGGGGAUGCACAUCCUCUUGGGGCUCUGCCUGUGGGGACCCUCAUCAACAACGUGGAAAGUGAGCCAGGCCGGGGUGCCCAAUAUAUCCGAGCUGCAGGUGCUGGAAACGUGCGUAGCAACAGUAGGCCGAGUAUCCAACGUUGAUCAUAACAAACGGGUCAUUGGCAAGGCAGGUCGCAACCGCUGGCUGGGCAAGAGGCCUAACAGUGGGCGGUGGCACCGCAAGGGGGGCUGGGCUGGCCGAAAGAUUCGGCCACUACCCCCCAUGAAGAGUUACGUGAAGCUGCCUUCUGCUGCUGCCCAAAGCUGAUAUCCCUGUACUCUAAUAAAAUGCCCCCCCCCCCCUCCUGUUUUAAUCUGUUA